GUCUAUCAAACAUGUGGAACUCCCAGUGAACCAGGAACAGGAAGUCCCGCCCUCCACGAGCAGAAGAGGAAAAGUGGCUCACUGACCGCGUUAGAAUACAAACCUUCUCCCACAGCUGGCCUCAGACUGGAAAUGCAGGUGUCAGAUCUCUCCAGUAAGCUGAGGGAGAUGCGUCAGUACUGGGUCCAGCUUCCUGUGGCACUUUGCAGCAAAGUGGCAGCAGCAGGGUCCAGUCAGGAUAAAUGCUGGAACGGCAUGUCAAAAGCCAG